AUGUUACAGUGCAGUGGUUCCAAUCCAGGAGCGCUUCAGAGGUUUACAGGGAUAUACAGAUACCACUUCAUCAACAUCAACCACGACAGAAACAAUAAUUCGGCAUCAAUCGAAAUGCCUCCAGAGACAAAUGCAUCACCAGUGCCAACUAUUACACCAAUAUACACAACCACAUCACCAAGUAUUUCAACUAUACUCUCAGAGCCAGCUACUACCUCAUCAGGUACAACUACUCCAUCUGUGUCAACUAAUACACCAACAAAAACAACUACACUAUCGGUGCUAACUACUACACCACCAGAAACAAAAACACUAUUGGUGCCAAAUACUACACCAGCGGUGUCAACUACAACACCAUCAAAGACGGCUCACCAGCAGUGUCAACACUACACCAACAGAAACAACUACACUACUGGUGCCAACUACUACACCAUCAGUGUCAUCAACUACACCAGUAGUGUUAACUACUACACAAACAGGUACAACUACACCAUUGGUGCCAACUACUACACCACCAGAAACAACUACAUUUUUGGUGCCAAUUACCACACCAGCAUUGUCAAUUACAACACAAUCAAAAACGACUACACUACUGGUGCCAACUACUACACCAUCAGUGUCAUCAACUACACCAGUAGUGUCAACUGCUACACUAACAGGUACAACUGCACCGACAACUACAUCGUCGGUGUCAACUACUACACCGCCAGAAACAACUGCACUGUUGGUGCCAACUACUAUACCAGUGGUGUCAACUACAACAUCAUCAAAGACGACUAUACCAGCAGUGUCAACUACUCCACCACCAGAAACAACUACACUAAUUGUGACAACUACUACACCAUCAGUGUCAUUAACUACACCAGUAGUGUCUACUGCUGCAUUAACAGGUACAACUACACCAGUGAUCAACUACACACACCAAGAAACAAACUAACCAUCGUGUACAACUUACAACACAGGCACACUACAAAAUAUGUCAACUACAACCCAAGUAUCACACUACAACCACUGGUCAACUACACACCAGAAACACAUAUGCAAUACACAGUGUGUCAACUUACACUACAAGAACAACACAUGGGCAAUUACAACACGGGUCAACUAUACAACCCCAGACAUACACUAAGGUGCAAACAACACAUCAAGGUACAUCACUACUACACCAUGCAAACUAUCACACAGAAACAAACUACACUACUGGGCAACUACUACACCAGGCAAACACCUACAUUAGUGUCAACCACCCAAAGUACAACUACACCAGAAAUAACUACACUAUUGGUGCCAACGACUACUCCAUCGGUGUCAACUACUACACCGACAGGUACAACUACACUAUUGUUGUCAACUACUACACCACCAGAAACAACUAUACUAUUUGUACCAACUAUUCCAAAAACGACCACACAAGAGGUAUUAUCUACAUCACCAUCAAAGACAGCUACACCAGCAGUGUCAACCACUACACCAACAGGUACAAAUAAACCAUCAGUGCCAACUACACCACCAGAAACAACUACACUACUGGUGCCAACUACUAUACCAUCAGUGUCAUCAACUACACCAGUAGUGUCAACUGCUACACUAACAUACACAACUACAUCGUCGGUGUCAACUACUACACCGCCAGAAACAACUGCACUGUUGGUACCAACUACUAAACCAGUGGUGUCAACUACAACACCAUCAAAGACGACUACACCAGCAGUGUCAAAUACUACACCAACAGGUACAACUACACCAUCGAUGUCAACUACUGCACCACCAGAAACAACUACACCAUCGGUGUUAACAAUUACAACACAGGUGCCAACUACAUCAUCAGUGUCAACUACUACACUAAUUGGUACAACUACACCAACCGUGUCAACUAUCACACUACAAGAAACAACACUAUUGGUGCCAAUUACAACAUCGGGGUCAACUACUACACCACCAGAAACAACUACACUAAUGGUGUCAACUACAACACCAUCAAAGUCAUCAGUGUCAGCUACUACACCACUGGAAUCAACUAUACCACCAGAAACAACUACACUACUGGUGCCAACUAUUACACCAGCGGUGUCAACUACUCCAUCAUUAGUGUCAACUACUACACCAACAGGUACAACUACAACAUUGAUGUCAACUACUACACUACCAACAACAACUACAGUAUUGGUGCCAACUACUACACUAUCAAAGACGACUACACCAGCAGUGUCAACUACUAAACCAACAGGUACAACUACACCAGAAAUAACUACACUAUUGGUGCCAACGACUACUCCAUCGGUGUCAACUACUACACCGACAGGUACAACUACACUAUUGUUGUUAACUACUACACCACCAGAAACAACUAUACUAUUUGUACCAACUACUCCAAAAACGACCACACAAGAGGUAUUAUCUACAUCACCAUCAAAGACAGCUACACCAGCAGUGUCAACCACUACAUCAACAGAUACAAUUAUACCAUCGGUAUCAACUACUAUUCCACCAGAAAUAACUACACUUUCGGUGCCAACUACUACACCAACAGUAUCAACUACAUCACCAACAAAGAUGAUUGCACCAACAGUAUCAACUACUACACCAACAGGUACAACUACACCAUCGGUGUCAACUACUACACUACUAGAAACAUCUACACUAUUGGUGCCAACUACUAUUCCAUCGGUGUCAACUACUACACAAGUGGUGUCAACUACUACACCAGCGGUGUCAACUACACCAUCAAAGACUACAAUGUCAACUACUACACCAACAGGUACAAUUACACCAUCAGUGUCAACUACUGCACUACCAGAAAUAACUACACUAUUGGUGCCAACGACUACUCCAUCGGUGUCAACUACUACACCGACAGGUACAACUACACUAUUGUUGUCAACUACUACACCACCAGAAACAACUAUACUAUUUGUACCAACUAUUCCAAAAACGACCACACAAGAAGUAUUAUCUACAUCACCAUCAAAGACAGCUACACCAGCAGUGUCAACCACUACACCAACAGGUACAAAUAAACCAUCAGUGCCAACUACACCACCAGAAACAACUACACUACUGGUGCCAACUACUAUACCACCAGUGUCAUCAACUACACCAGUAGUGUCAACUGCUACACUAACAUACACAACUACAUCGUCGGUGUCAACUACUACACCAGUGGUGUCAACUACAACACCAUCAAAGACGACUACACCAGCAGUGUCAAAUACUACAUCAACAGAUACAACUACACCAUCGAUGUCAACUACUACACCACCAGAAACAACUACACUAAUUGUGACAACUACUACACCAUCAGUGUCAUCAACUAUACCAGUAGUGUCAACUGCUACAAUAACAGGUACAACUACACCGUGCCAACUACAUCAUCAGUGUCAAUACUACACUAAGGAAUACACCAACCUGUCAACUAUCACACUACAAGAAACAACACUAUUGGUGCCAAUUACAACAUCGGGGUCAACUACUACACCACCAGAAACAACUACACUAAUGGUGUCAACUACAACACCAUCAAAGUCAUCAGUGUCAGCUACUACACCACUGGAAUCAACUAUACCACCAGAAACAACUACACUACUGGUGCCAACUAUUACACCAGCGGUGUCAACUACUCCAUCAUUAGUGUCAACUACUACACCAACAGGUACAACUACAACAUUGAUGUCAACUACUACACUACCAACAACAACUACAGUAUUGGUGCCAACUACUACACUAUCAAAGACGACUACACCAGCAGUGUCAACUACUAAACCAACAGGUACAACUACACCAGAAAUAACUACACUAUUGGUGCCAACGACUACUCCAUCGGUGUCAACUACUACACCGACAGGUAUUAUCUACAUCACCAUCAAAGACAGCUACACCAGCAGUGUCAACCACUACAUCAACAGAUACAAUUAUACCAUCGGUAUCAACUACUAUUCCACCAGAAAUAACUACACUUUCGGUGCCAACUACUACACCAACAGUAUCAACUACAUCACCAACAAAGAUGAUUACACCAACAGUAUCAACUACUACACCAACAGGUACAACUACACCAUCGGUGUCAACUACUACACUACUAGAAACAUCUACACUAUUGGUGCCAACUACUAUUCCAUCGGUGUCAACUACUACACAAGUGGUGUCAACUACUACACCAGCGGUAUAAAUACAACACUGGUACCAACUACUACAUCACCAGAAGCAACUACUCCAUCAAUGCAAACUACUACAUCAUCAGAAACAACUACACCAUCGGUGCUAACUAGCACAUCAGAAACGACUAUACCAGCGGUAGAAACUACUGCAACAACAGGUACAACUACACCAAUAGUGCCUAAAACAUCAGAGUCAACUAAUACACCUGAAGAUACUACAACACCGGCAUUAAUUACUACAGUACCUAUAACAACAGCAAAGUCAUCCCUUAACACACAAACAGGUACAUCCCCAGCAAUGGUAUCAACUAGACCAACAUCGGAAUCUACUGUUACACAAGCGGGUACUGUGGAAUUAUCUACAUCAACAAAAACACCUGCAUCAACAGAACUAUCUACAUCUGAAACACAUACAUCAACAGAAACUCCAAUUUCACCAGCAUCACCAACAUCUGUGGAAACAAUAACUUCACCACAAUCCCCAAAAUCCCUAUUCCCACAAUCACCAACAUCAACGGAAAUUCCUACUUCACCAGCAUCACCCGCAUCAACGGAAAUCCCAACUUCUCCACUCACCCAUCAACGGAAAUCCUAA